AUGGUCUUUUAUUACUCCAUCCGUGGUGGUCCCUGCCGGAAUGCCAAUUCUCACAUUAUUCUGGACGGCAACAAAGACAUUAUUUGUUAUGUGGGCCGAGACAAGCAUGAAAACGAAUUCCUCAUCAAAUAUGGCUGGCCAGGGGAUAUCUGGUUUCACGUCGACUCGUUGUCGUCUGCACAUGUUUACUUUCGGAUUAAGAACUUACACAGCAAUACCCGGAUUCCUGUGGACGGAAUACCCAUUGAUGAUUUGCCUACGGAUACCAUCUACGACAUGAUGCAAAUUUGCAAGAACAACUCGAUCGCAGGAAGUAAGCUGGCAUCCUGCAAAAUGGUGUACACACCCCAUUCCAAUCUCAAAAAGACAUUUGAAAUGGACAGUGGUACUGUCACCUACCACAACACGAAACUAUGCCGGUAUGGUAGAUGUGACAAGGAUCGGCCGCGCAUCAAGGAAUUGGAAAAACAAAAGUCAGAGGACAUUACGAUUGACUUUUACGAGGAGUUUCAGCAACAUGAACGGCAUAUGGUUACCCGGAAGAAACACGAACGGAAGCAGGGUACAACCAGUUCCGCUGCUGCUACUGCUAUUUAUGAUCCCGUGAUGGAAGAUUUGAAGCAUUUGAAACACAAGUCCAAGCGACAAGGGGAUGAACUAUCAGGAAUCGACGCGGCGUUGGAAGAAAUGGGUUUUGCCAAGUCUAUUGCUACUCCUAAUACUACUCUUGACGACGACGGACAUCAUGGUGAUGGUGAUGAUGAUGAUGAUUCCAGGUCCAGGGAUCCAUUAUGGAUGCAGGAAGAUAAACGACGGCGAAUGGAAACAUCGAACCCAUAUCUCAUCUUUCUGUGCGAACGUGGAUACCCAUUGGACCAAGCAAAGCAGACGUUGGAAACCCAUCCCAAGAAGCUUGCCGCUCUUAAAGCUCUCUUUUUUUCCUGUGCUGAGGAUAAGGGUAUGGACAGUAGCUCAACUGGUGGCGACGUUGAUAAGGAAGAACUAAAAAGUGCCCGUCAGGAGGAAAAGGAAGUAUUGCAAGCCAUUUUUGGAGAAGACGACCCGAACGUUCAGUUUCAAGAGGGUGACGAAUCCAAUCUGGAUUCUGUCUUUCCAAUUACCAUAUAUGAGCCUCCAGAUCGAUACGAACUGCCACCUCCAUUAUUGAUGGAAGUCUAUGCGAGCAAUACAAACUAUCCGCUGCAUGGACCUCCGGUGCUAGCGGUCAAGGGUGGUGGUCUCUCCGAGGCAAUAUUGAAUAAAUUGACGCAUUUGCUAGUGAAGGAAGCCAUGACUAGAGCCGAAGAAGAAGCUGGAGACCCACAAAUAUUUAAUUUGAUACAAUUUGUCGGAGAACAAGUCGAAGCGUUGGUAGAAGAAGAAAGUGUCGAACUGAAGAAGCAAGAAGAGGAACGACGGGCCGAGCAAGCAAAGGCAGCCAAGGAAGCCGCAGUAGAAAAAGCCAAGAAAGAAGGCCCAUCUCAGACAGUCUUUCACAAUGAUGCCGAACGUCGAGCCUAUGCACUUGGGAUAGUCGCAGCGGGUGCAGCUCUAGCAGCCGAGAGCGGUAAUGCUGGUGCGGGUAGUAUGCUUCCAAAAGCUAAGAAAGAGGAGAAGCACUACGAUACUGGUGUUAGCGACAAGAGCUUGAUCGAAGACAUGUUUGGUUAA